AUGUUACGUCCAUUUUUCUUGGUGGCUUGUGCUUUUGCUCUGCUCGCUUCUGUGGGUUCUGCAGCCUUAGUUGAACACACAUUCCAUGUGGGAAACUUGACAGUCCGGCGACUGUGCCAGGAGCAAACAAUAGUUGCAGUGAACGGGAGCUUGCCUGGCCCAACUAUUCGGGUUACUGAAGGUGACACACUCGUCGUUCAUGUCGUUAACAAGUCACCCUACAAUCUCACCAUUCACUGGCAUGGUGUGUUCCAACUACUCAGUGGAUGGGCUGAUGGGCCUGGAUAUGUGACCCAAUGCCCAAUGCUUCCUGGAACGAGCUACACUUACAAAUUCACCAUCACUGGCCAAGAAGGAACACUUUGGUGGCAUGCUCAUUCAUCUUGGCUCCGAGCAACCGUUUACGGGGUACUCAUUAUACACCCACGCCGUGGCCGUUCCUACCCGUUUAUCAAACCCCAGAAGGAGUUCCCAAUCAUUUUAGGGGAAUGGUGGAAUGGAAACGUUGUUGACAUAGAGAAUGAAGCUCUCAACACGGGGGCUGCACCGAACAUUUCUGAUGCUUUCACAAUCAACGGUCAACCUGGCGAUCUCUACCCAUGUUCUAAAAACAACACCCAUAAGCUUAAGGUGAUGCCUGGGAAGACUUAUCUCCUCCGUAUAAUCAACGCGGCAUUGAAUAACCAGCUUUUCUUCAAGAUUGCCAACCACAAUUUUACCGUCGUCGGCAUUGAUGCUACCUACACUGAACCAUACUACACCGACGUCAUCGUGAUCGCCCCAGGCCAAACAACCGACGUCCUCUUCAAUGCCAACCAAUCUUCGGGGAUGUAUUACAUGGCAGCUCACUCAUACGCUAGCGCGCAAGGUGCACCGUUCGAUAACACGACCACCACCGGCAUCGUCCAAUACGAGGGAGCCACGUCAUCACUGCCCCAAAUGCCAAUCCUCCCUGCUUUCAAUGACACCCCAACGGCCCACAAGUUCUAUAGCAACCAAACGAGCCUUAAACAAGGGCCACAUUGGAUCCAAAUGCCACAACAUAUAGAUGAGCAUAUGUUUAUAACAGAGGGAUUGGGUCUCUCGCCAUGUGGAAGCAAUGCCACUUGUACGGGCCCCAAUGGGAUGCGAUUAUCUGCCAGCAUGAACAGCGCUUCAUUCCAAUUACCAUCCAAGCUGUCGAUUUUGGAGGCGUUUUUUAAUAAGGUGAGUGGGAUCUACACCGAAGAUUUUCCUAGAAAACCACCGAUGGCCUUGGACUACACCAAUUCAAGCCUUGUUAAUUCCAAUAUAACAUUGUUGUUGGCGGAGAAGGCAACACGUGUCACAAAAUUGAAGUUCAAUGCGACGGUGCAGAUAGUGUUACAGAAUACGGCUUUACUUGGGGUGGAAAACCAUCCGAUUCACUUGCAUGGUUUCAACUUCUUUGUAUUGGCUCAAGGGUUUGGGAACUACAACUCUAUCAAAGAUGCAAGAAAUUUCAAUUUGAUUAACCCACAACAGCGUAACACAAUUGCAGUUCCUGCUGGAGGUUGGGCUGUUAUCAGAUUCCAAGCCAAUAACCCAGGUGUAUGGUUUAUGCAUUGCCAUCUUGAUGUACAUCUCCCAUGGGGCUUAGCUACAGCUUUUGUUGUUGAGAACGGGCCCACAGAGUUGUCCACGCUUCCUCCUCCACCACUUGAUCUUCCACAAUGUUAGAACUUUAAAAAAAGAAAAUCUUUAUACUCAUUCUUACUAUUACUUCAUGUGAAUAAG